AUGGAUCCAAGGCAGAGAAACAGCAAGCAGGGCUUCCUCCCACGCCGAGAGGAGGAGCCAAUCCCCACCUCAGAUUAUUGCAGGGAGGUGGGCACCAAGGAGGGCCCAGGUGUCCUGCAGACUGCAGGAUCCACGGCCACAUCCAGUGUGCACUGGUCCCAGCAGCAGGGGCAGGGAUGGGGCCCUGCAGCGUGGCUGAGCUCUGAGCUGCUGCUGCCACGGCCAACCGUGGAGAACCUGAGCAAAUGGGCCACGUCCAGGGAGCCCCAGCUGGCCAGCAGCCGUGGGAGGCUCUGCAAGGACCAGUGGGAGGCAGAUGAUAUUGCUGACAGCGUGCUGGAGAUGGAGUUCAUGCAGAAACAGGUGUUCACGUGUGAAGAGCACUGUGCAGAAGUGGAGGAGAUUGAAGAUCUGACCAGACUGGAACACAUCUUUGCCAUAGCAGAGAUGGCCUACACACUGUCCCAGUCGUCAGGGCAGGAGCAGUGUGUCCUCAUCAGUGGGCACAGUGGAUCAGGUAAAACAGAAGCUGCCAAAGCCAUUGUGCAAUACCUGACCAUGCUGUACCAGGGAUCUGACAGCCACAGGAUCAGACAGCCCUGCAAUGUCCUUCCCAUCCUGGAGAGUUUUGGAAAUGCAAGAACCAUCCUCAAUGACAACUCCAGCCGUUUUGGAAAGCUGCUGAGUGUCCACCUGCGACAUGGCAUUGUGGUGGGAACAUCCAUCUCCCAGUACCUGCUGGAGAAGUCUCGUGUGGUGUUUCAGGCCCAUGGUGAGAGGAACUACCACGUGUUCUACGAGCUGCUGGCAGGGCUGCCCAUGGAGCAGAAAGAGGAGAUGUACCUGCAGGAGGCAGAGUCCUACUUCUACCUGAACCAGGGCAGAGCAUGUGAAGUCCUGGGGAAGGAGGACAGUCAUGAUUUUCAGGUCUUGGUGCAAGCUCUGGAGGGAAUUGGCCUCUCAGAGGAUCAGCUGAGCUCCACCUGGGCUGUCCUGGCUGCCAUCCUGCAGCUGGGGAACAUCUGCUUUACCUCCUAUGAGGUUACAUCUUAUGAUCGGAUAUUCACCCCUCUGUCUGUAGAAGGAGCCAUUGAGGCCAGGGACUCCAUUGCCAAGGCUCUGUACUACCUGCUCUUCGAGUGGCUGCUGCUGAGGAUCAAUGAGUGGUUGGCUCCCUGGGAGUCUGACUGUGCCGUGGGCAUUGUGGACCUCCAUGGCUUUGAGGAUCUGGGGGUGAACAGCUUAGAGCAGCUCUGCAUCAACUUUGCCAAUGAGCACCUGCAGAGGUUCUUCAGCCAGACUGUCAUUGCCCAGGAAGAGGAGGAAUACAGCCAGGAGCAGUUGGCUUGGAUUCCUAUUUCCAAGACGUGCAGCGAGUCGUGCCUGGAUUUCCUUACUGCAAAACCCCACGGCCUCCUGUGCAUCCUGGAUGACCAGACAUCCCUGACUCAGGCCACAGACCACACUUUCCUCCAGAAGUGUCAUUACCACCAUGGAAACAGCCCUUGGUACAGCAAGCCCAAGCUGCCUUUGCCAGAGUUCACUGUGCAGCACUAUGCUGGCCCUGUCACCUACCAGGUGCACAAGUUUCUCAGUAAAAACCGUGACCAGCUGCGGCCAGAGGUGCUGGAUAUCUUCUCCCAGAGCCGCCUCAAGGUACAGAAAUGGUCAGGAGGAAGAUCUCUAUUGCAGACACCCAAUGAUCCACUCAUUGUCUUAAUGUGA